AUAAUGUUUCGUUAUCUUGCAUUUUAUACGGAUUAUGUUGCAUUGGUGAAUGCUGAUGUACAGUUUAAUAUCUUGUGUACCGACUGUCCUUAAGCACGAGCAGGGGCACUCCCUGGCCCCUUAUUAAGGUAUAACAACUUAGGCAACCCUGUGUGAUGUACUGUUAAUUGUUGGCUUAAAAAAAAACCACAGAAAACCAUUCAGACAGACUUUAUGAGGAAAAUUUUGCAAUCCCCAUAAAAGCCCCUUUUUGCUUUGAAGUCCGACGCAUGAUUCAGUCAAUGACUCAUGUUAAUAAUUAGAAAUCAUAGGUCAUUUAAAUCCCCGAUUUCAUUUGAGACCAGGAGGGUGAGGGGAGAUAAAUCUUGAGAGGCUUAAAAGGAAGAGCAGGCUAAAGUGUGAACUUCUUCUUUCAGCGACGGAAGCGAGAAAUCAAUGAUACAUUAAAGGGGGGGGGGGGGCGAGACCUCCAUGGAAGCUGGCAGAGGGGAAGGAAAGGGAGCUAAUUAUGUGUCUUCCCUUUUACUCUCCUUGACCAACAUAUAAUCUUACUUUUCAGGGCUUGUCUUCACUAUAUUCUUCUAACCAGUCUCGCCCCCGAUCCCUUCUCUAGCCCAGGAAGGGGGGUGGGGGGAAGUUAGCACAGCAACAAGCUCCAGGUGGUUCUCUCAAGCACUUCACUGCCAAAAAAAAUCAAAUCAAAUCCUGCGCUAGAAAACAAGCAUAAAAAAAAAGAAGAAGAAGAAGAAGGAAGGAAAGAAGGGGGGGGGUUCCCUAGAGGGGAUUGGUUCAGCCUGGAAGACAGGGGAAUUAGUAAAGCAUGAGUCUCCAAGCCAUGCUGGUGGCCAGCACUCGGAGGAGAAGAACGCUUUAGGAGCAAUUAGCAACGAGCGGGAGGCUGCUUGCCGCUGCUUCUGCCGCAGACUGGGAGGAAGUUCCGUCCGGAGGCUCCCUCCACAGCAGGCAUUUGCUCACUCCAGCUGCAAAAGGGUUUCAGAUGUCCCACCGCUGCCUGACCCCCUGCAAAUAAGGGUUGACCACCAGAGGCACAUCCCACCUCUUGCUUGUAAUCACUGACAUACACUGAGGCUACAGCUUCCAACCUGUUUACAACCAGACGGGGGAGAGAAGUUGGGAUUUCUCUCUCUCUCUCUCUCUCUCUGGAAUUUUUUUUUUUUUUUUUUUUUUUUUUGGUACUUUCUGGAGGAUUCAAAGCAAAACAAAGAAACUGCCUCCUCUGGGCUGUCAGUGAGAGGGGACGAGUUGUACAACUGGCUUGCGCUUUGCCAAGGAAAGGGGGUGGGGAAAUCAGAAGAAGACCUUUCUGCAUCUAAGAUGGUAAAGAAAGGAGGGAGCAAGAGAACGAAAUAACCACGGGGAAGCCUCAGACCAGGUUGGGGAGGGGGGGUGAGAGUAAAAGGAGAGAGGAUUAACCACCAUCACCACCACCACCACCACACACACACCCCACCAACUUUCUUCCGUGAGGGAGGACUCGGAGGAUUAAAAAGGCAGCAACUUCUGAGGCGAUUUGUCCCGAGUUAUGGAUGUUGGUGCACUCACUUCAGGCCAGAUCACAGCUCAGGGGGCUCUAACCAGAAGCAGCAGCCACCAGCUCUCCACUUGCCUUUUACCAGCUUUUACCCUUCCAGUAUGUUUCUUCUGAUGAGACAUUUUCCAGCGCCCAGCGUUUCAGUACAAUGUGCAAAUGGAUACUGACAAAUGGUGCCUCCGCCUUUUCCCACCUGCCUUGCUGCAGCGGCGGCUGCCUCUUCCUGCUGCUCUUCUUGGUGUCUUCUGGGUCUGUCAUCUGCCAGGACAUGCGGUCCCCAGAGGCCACCAACGCGUCUUCUUCAUCCUCCUCCUCCUCCUCCUCUUCAUCCUUCUCCUCGCCUGCCAGUGCGGGGCGGCACGUGCGGAGCUACAAUCACCUCCAGGGAGAUGUGCGCUGGAGGAAGCUCUACUCUUACAACAAGUACUUUCUCAAGAUUGAGAAGAACGGCAAGGUCAGCGGGACCAAGAAGGAGAACUGCCCGUACAGCAUAUUGGAGAUAACAUCAGUGGAAAUUGGAGUUGUGGCUGUUAAAUCGAUUAACAGCAACUAUUACUUAGCCAUGAACAAGAAAGGAAAAGUCUAUGGCUCUAAAGAGUUUAACAGCGAUUGUAAAUUGAAGGAAAGAAUAGAAGAAAAUGGAUACAACACAUACGCAUCCUUAAAUUGGAAGCACAAUGGAAGACAAAUGUUUGUGGCCUUGAAUGGAAGAGGAGCUACAAAGAGAGGACAGAAAACAAGGAGGAAAAACACCUCAGCUCACUUUCUUCCAAUGGUAGUAAUGUCAUAGAUGAAGGAACUGUUUUAUUGAUGCAGUUGAACCAAAGGCUCUUUUGUCAAGUAUACUUGGUAAUCCUCUUGAAGAGUAAAGGCAAAGAAACAGUGCAGACGUCUGCUUGUUUGAAAAAGGGGGGAAGCCUUUGAAGGUUUUGUGCUCAUUGCUGGCACAUGAAGGACUUUUAAUUAGUUCUGUGUCAUAUCUUAUAAUCAAGAUACAAGCUGGAUCAAAUGGGAUGGGAACUAUUCCCAGUGUGAAUAAUGUUUUUUUAUCUCUGCGAUAGAACUUGCAGGACGUGAGACAAUCUGUUGAAUGAUCUUUGGGGAAAGUUAUUUAUGGAAUACUAACUCAUAUCAAAGACCUUCAUUGCUCAUUCAAGCCUAAUGAUCCAAUGAACAGUUAAACAUGCAAGCAUUUACUGGAAGCACUUGGGUCAUAUGCACAAAUAAAGAAGUUUCUGGAGUAGCCUCAUGGAAGAAUGGAUAGGAUUAGGAAAUAUAAGCAUAUUAGAGUUAAACUGUUCUAACAAAAUGAAUAGUGUGGUAUGCCUGUGUAUUCUAACUUCAUUCCUUUUUAUUUCUCUCUAAGUUAUUUAUUUAAUAGGAUGUUAAAUAUCUUUUUUUGGUUUUAAAUGAUUUCCUCAGUUGCUUCCUUAUUUCUUCCCCUUUUUUCAGCUUUUCUCACAGGGGUUGAUAGAGUAAACUUUCAAAACCUCACUGACUGCCUGAGAAUAGGAAACAGACAAGUCUUUAAGGUAAAGUCAGCAUUGCAGUGAAUAUGUCCAAUCUGUUUUCUUCUAAACCGUUUUGCACUUAAGCAAAAGGACCUGAAGCAGUGCUCAGAUUUAUCACACACAUUGGAUGUGUUUAUGUUUGUGAAUCCUACCUGCCAUCAGUCAAGAACAAACUUCAAGAAAUACAUUGUCAGGAGGGUCUUGUUGCUUGUAUGAAGUGGAUGGAGAGGCCAAAUCUGUACUCAGGUGCGUUCGUGUUUGGGAUGUGUAUGUGUAUGUAAUUCAGAUCCCAUUGAUUUGAAUCCCAUUGAUUCUCAUAGUAUUUGAGACUAAUGUAUAGUCUUUCUUCGGGGUCUGAUCCAAAAUUCAUUGCAGUUAAUGGGAAUCUUUUCACUGCCUGUAGUUGCCUUUGGAACAAUCUCUAAAUGUGACUCAUGCCCAUUGAUUUUAAUGAGAUUGCAAUAUUGCAUGCAUUUAAAUGCAAGCAGAAUUAUCCUGUGCAGUUGGAAGCACCUGAGAGCAGAAUUUGGCUCCCGAAAAGUGAGUCCAAAAAGAGCACACUCCUGCAGUCCUUAUUCAGUAACCUUCAUGUUCAACUAAAUUGUCCUCAUUGACAGCUUGAAGAGCCACAGACAUAUAUUGGGACCAUUUCCUGAAAAAAGACCAUAGAAUAUUCAUGAUCAUGCAAUUAUCAGAGACUACUUUCAUAUGCAUAUAACAUUAUGAGAGCCAGCUAAAAAAACAGCAACCGUGUCCCAAGUUAGAAUGUCUUUCAUAUCCAUCACAAUAAAUGAAUGCUCAAAAAACACAAUAUCAGGCACUUUUUAUGAAAUGUUACUAUUCCCACAGCUUAAUUUAAGCAAAUGAGUUAAAGCCUAUUAUGAAGUCUGGUCAACCUAACGGAAUAUAAGGUUGUUUUUUGCUUCACUUAUUUCUGUAAAUUUAGAGAGCUCUGGAAAACUCAUCAAUAUAACUGUCUUGAGAUUCAUUUUGUUAGAGCAGAUUAAUAGAAAACAGGUUUCAGAGUAGCAGCCAUGUUAGUCUGUAUCCGCAAAAAGGAGGACUAGUGGCACCUUAGAGACGAACCAAUUUAUCUGAGCAUAAGCUUUCAUGAGCUCGGAUAAAUUGGUUCGUCUCUAAGGUGCCACAGGUCCUCCUUUUCUUUUUAAUAGAAAACAGUACAUCAGCCAACAUGUACCACUGUCUUCACAUUGUAUUCCACUAAAUAAAUGCAUAAACUUCUCUGCGGUGUCCGUAGUGAGAAAAAAAAGUAGUAUAAUAAUAAUUUUUCUAAAUACUUUUAAGUGAUAACUAUGAGAUUAUAUUGACGUGCAGUUCUAUCUUCAGUAUUGUUGGGGGAAAGUUGGUUUUAUUUUUAUUGUUUGGAACCUGUAUUUUGAUACAAAAGGAGAGUCUUGCUAAAUUGUCUUUUUUUUUUUUUAACUAAAGUUUUACCUGAAGAAAGGCUGGUGUUAUUGUGAUCUUCUAUAACUUAUUUGAGUCGAUGCUUAGCCAGCACUUCCAAUGUUAAUUGUUAUUUAAGUAUUAGCUGUGUAUUAAAAAAAAAAAACAGCAGCAGCAGCUUUCCCAUAACAUGUAAAACAUAAAGAACGGUCAGAUUGUAUUUCCUGUUCCUCAAAACAAAGUUGUCUGUUUUAUAACAAAAAAGUACAUUUGAGGCACAGCAUUUUGGCUUGCAGCUACCAGUGCAUUUCAUGGUAUUUGGUUUCCAACCUAUUUGUUGAUGAAUGAGAUUUUUUAAAAAAAUCGACCAACAGUAGAAUUUCAGAGGUUAAAAUUAAAUUUGUAAUUGAGACUGAAUAGCAAAACUUGUCAUAUGGAGAGGGAGGUUUUCUUGUUUAAAUUUUUAAAGUAAUAAUUGCAUAUGACAAUGUAUAAUGGACCACCCACAACAAAAAUUAAAUGUUUGGUUGAGCAAGUAUAGUAUUGGAUAACCACUUUAACAACAUCUAUGGUACAAACUAGGUUCUCAUUUCACAGAACCAUUUAGAUGACUUAGGGGAGUGUAUAUGUAAACAUUCAUAAUUACAGGAUUUCAAAACACUAAAACAGCUUCUAGCAAAACAUAUCGCUGCUCACAGAGGCCAAGAAUAGAAAAUUUCACUUUUCUAAAGUGAACAGAGAUGGGGACAGGAGCUAUUCUGUGGAACGAAUGGUUGGUUCCUGAUGGUUAACAAAAAUAAAAAAUUCUUGAAGGAAAAUGAUGGCCUGCACUAUAGGCAUGCUCUGGUAUUUACUGUGGUAGAAUUGUGCUGCAGACAGUCUUCCCAGAGUAUUAUAGUUCCUUUUACCAUAAGAGGGGACUCCUGAUCAAGUUAAAGAGGGUGGGGGUUUUUGUUUUUUUAAAGGCUGAUCAACAAUGUACAGUAUGUUAUAUUUAAAUAAAAAUAAUAAAAUGCUGGGAAUAGAGAA